UUAUCACCACUAUCGUCUUCCCCCAGAGAUUCCGAAGUACAUGCAUCAUAUUUGCCGUCGGGUGAGGAACGUAAGCUUGCCGAAUAUAAUGGAAUCUUCGGUUACCCCAAAAGUAGCUGUGGCGGUUAAUAACCCCACAAAUCAUCCCCAAACACCAUCGCCAGUGUUCUUCGAUGGAUUCCAUAACCCUAGCAUUGAGGAGCUGGUAGAACAUUUCAGGCCCCACCCUCCUGGAUAUAGGUUCUGUCCAACGGAUAAAGAGCUCGUCGAGUGUUACCUGAAGAGAAAGAUAUCGAACCAGCCAGUGCCCGUGAGUUGGAUCGUGUCGGCUAACGUCUAUCGUCACAAACCCGAGUUUCUUUCAGAGGUAUUCAAGGAUUAUGGAGAAACAGAAUGGUACUUUUUCACACCAAGAGAUCGAAAGUAUCCAAAUGGAACUCGUCCAAGUCGAUCAACUGAUGGUGGAUAUUGGAAGGCCACAGGAGCUGACAAGUCAAUCGAAUCACACGGAGAAUGCAUCGGGUUUAAGAAGUCAUUGGUUUUCUAUAAGGGAAAACCUCCUAAAGGUGUUAAAACAAAUUGGAUUAUGCAUGAGUUCACCGUCAAAGAUCCUCCUCGAAACAAAAGGGAUGCCAAUGACAUGAGGUUGGAUGACUGGGUUUUGUGUAGGGUUAAGAAUAAAAUUGACAAAUCUCCUAGAACACACACUAGAGUUGAUGUGGAUAAUGAAAGUUCUGACAUUGUCAAUGAUACGGAGAAUGAUACCCUUUGGAACUUGGAGAAUGCCAUUGUAGAUCCUGAACCAAUGGUAGAUGCUGGAGAAUUGCACCAGUGGCCUUUACCAAACAUUGAAUUCAAUCAUGCAGGAAGCUCCUCAUCAUUCAGCAGUAAUCUUCAUACUCAGUAUUGAGGCACAUUAGUUGGUCCUGCUCAGUAUCAAGGUGCAUUGGUUGAUUCUGCUAAUAUGGUUCAACCUAUUGACUUUAGUCCUUCUUUAGUGGGUUACACAGAUCAGAAUGUCUUUGAUCCAAAUUAGAAC